AUGGCCCGCGAAGGAACCCGCUCUCAAACCGGCAACUCCAAGCCGCGCAUCUUCCCCGUCGUCGACACUGCGCCAGUUCGCACGAAGCGCACCACCACCACUGGCGCGAAGCCCAAGAAGAGCACCACCAGCACUGCUACCUCCAAGGCCGCGAAGCCAGUGGGCAUCACCAAGAAGAAGGCUGCCGACGCUAAGAAGGAGCCUACUGUUGCUACCAAGGCCAAGUCAACUGCCAAGGCCGCCUCCACCAAGGCCAGCGCUGCCGUCAAGGCCGCCAAGAAGGAGACCAAGCCCAAGACCACCAAGGAGAAGGUCACACCGGUCGCCGAUGCCGAGGCCCCUUGA